CUUCUCAGAGGGCUUCACGGGAUAUACAUACAACGUUUGAGGCGGAACAAGCUGACUACGCGUCCUGUCUGGCUGUCAAACCAGUCCACGAGUAUGUUUGAGGAGUAUGCUUGCGCUCUGAACUAGUACAUAACUCGCUUGGAGUAGGACUGGCAACUCCGUUUACUCUACAUGCGUUUACAAACAUGUCUUUGGACUAGUGUUUGCUGUAGUUCGAGCCCGAGCCCAUGCCCCUAAAGCCGUGCCAAUGCCGAGGAAUGGAUACUAGUGUCUCUGGCAAAGUUGGAAACAUGGUCGCAAGUGAUGAGGAGCAUUUGGACGCGAGCGAUGGCAGUAACGCAGGGAUGGACGCGCUACACCAGUGCGAACUCAUCCAGAACCUGAUCGAGAUCUCCAUCUCUAGUCUGAAGGGGCUUCGGACCAAGUGCGCCGCAUCUAACGACCUGACCCAACACGAGAUACGCGCUUUGGAGGUGAAGCUGGUGAAGUACAUCAGUAAACAGUUAGAGUGGAAGCAGAGCGUUCCAGAGAGAGACAAACCGCUGGCGCUGGACUCUUACCCACAACUCACAGACUGGCUGUACACCAUCAACCUCCGGCCAGAGCUCAUAGAGGUGAAGCUGGUGAAGUACAUCAGUAAACAGUUAGAGUGGAAGCAGAGCGUUCCAGAGAGAGACAAACCGCUGGCGCUGGACUCUUACCCACAACUCACAGACUGGCUGUACACCAUCAACCUCCGGCCAGAGCUCAUAGAGGCAGUCCCUGUGAAGCUGUCUCUGGAUGCUCUGCUGCAAAUGUCCAGUGUGCAGGUGGAAGACACCAUGAAAAGACUGGGCUCUAGCAGUGAGGAGUGUUCCCGCAUCACCGCUGCCCUCUCCUGUCUCAAGAGCGCUACUGACACAGGUGCAGCACUUAAGAAAGAGGGCAUCCCGUGGAUAGCAGAACCCGCUCACCGUGACAGUACCUCUGUUGACCCGCUGUCUUGUUCUAUGCGUGCACAUCAGUCUUACAGUCCCAGCCCAACCAGCUGGCCCCCUCCUUCUGCUUUGCCUGCCCCUCGUUCCUGUGUCUCUGUUUCUGCUCUACCCUCAACGGACUUCCCUACAAUCGUCCACCCUCACUGUGAUGGGCUGACGGACCCUUUUUCAUCCUCCCCGCAGCUGAACCGCUGCACCCCCGGGCUGCUGUCCACCCCUCCAGUCACACCGCCACCGAGAAGGUAUGGCAAACUAAAGCCCCCACGAACUCCACCACCUCCAUCCCGUAAGCUGCUAAACCUCCUGCCAAACAUCACCCUCACACACAGCAAGAGCCAGAGCCAACUGGCCAACCGGAUCGAUGACCCUACACCCAAGAAGAGCGGGAAGAAAAACAAGCCGCUUCUGAACGUGCAGGUAAAUGGUGGAGGAAACGGCUGGGAAGACUCGCCCUCACGGUCACCACUGUUGUCUGUCCGUUCCCCCUGCAUCCUACCAAACACCCCCAGUCACCUGGGAGAUCCCACGGGUGUAAGAAAUAAUGUUGCAUCCCACGGAAGCUCUCCGCUAAUCAUGAGGAAGGAUAUUGGUCUGGAUGUCACACACAGGUUUUCCACCAAGUCCUGGUUGUCUCAGACGUGUCAGGUGUGCAAGAAGAACAUGAUGUUUGGUGUUAAAUGCAAACAUUGCAAGGUGAAGUGCCACAAUAAAUGUACCAAAGAGGCCCCUAAGUGCAGGAUUUCAUUUGCACAAUUUCCAAACAAGAUUAGAAGAACAGAGUCAGUACCGUCAGAUAUCAAUAACCAGGUUGAUCGACCGGCAGAGUCUCAGCAGUACGGAACAUUACCGAAAGCAGUAAACAAAAAGGACCACCCUCCAUCACUGAGUCACCUGGACUCCAGUAGUAACCCUUCCUCCACCACCUCCUCCACUCCCUCCUCCCCUGCCCCCUUCGGUCAGAGCAACCCCCCAAACGCCACCCCACCACCCAACCCCUCCCCUAAGGGUCACGUUGACAGUCGAUUUCACUUCCCAGCUGCCUACUACUUUCAGCAUAGACAACAGUUUGUCUUCCCUGACGUAUCCAGUUCCACGCAUUCAGAUGGAGGUUGCAACACCGGAGAAACAGAUCAGUUGGAUGGUAAUGUCAACCAGUUGUCAACAGGCCAAAGGGAAGCUGUGGAUGAGGAGCAGCAAGGGAACGACGGUCAGGAUCAGGAAGGUUCGGACGAUGAAAGUGAAGGCGAUGAAGUGGAUGACCUGCCCAACUGCAGGGGCUACUGGAAAGACCACAUAAGCCGUAAAGCCAGCCAGACCAGCGUUUACCUGCAGGAGUGGGAUGUGCCUUUCGAGCAGCUGGAGCUCGGAGAGCUGAUCGGUAAAGGCCGCUGGGGGAAGGUGUGCAGGGGCCGCUGGCAUGGAGAGGUGGCCGUUCGCUUGUUAGAGAUUGAUGGUAACAACCAGGAGCACCUAAAGCUGUUCAAGAAGGAGGUGAUGAACUACCGGCAAACGCGACACGAGAACGUCGUGCUGUUUAUGGGGGCCUGCAUGAACCCGCCUCAUCUGGCCAUUAUCACCAGCUUUUGUAAAGGACGGACGCUCUACUCGGUUGUCAGGGAUUCUAAACUUGACAUCAACAAGAUAAGACAAAUCGCUCAGGAAAUUGUGAAGGGAAUGGGUUACCUCCAUGCAAAGGGAAUUGUGCACAAAGAUUUAAAAUCUAAGAAUGUUUUUUACGAUUCAAACAAAGUGGUCAUCACCGAUUUCGGUCUGUUUGGGAUGUCUGGAGUGGUCCAGGAGGACAGGCGGGAAAAUGAACUGAAGCUUCCACGAGGGUGGAUCUAUUACCUGGCUCCAGAGGUCGUGCAAAAGAUGGGACCAGGAAACCAAGACUGUUUGCCCUUUUCAAAAGCUGCUGAUGUUUAUGCAUUUGGCACUAUCUGGUAUGAACUCCAGGCUAAAGAAUGGCCUAUCGUUAACCAACCGACUGAAGUUUUGAUCUAUCAGCUGGGAAGUGGAGAAGGCAUCAGAACGUUACUGACCCAGAAGGGUACAAGCUUGGGCAAGGAGGUUACGGAGAUCUUGUCAGCCUGCUGGUCCUUUAAGGUUGCGGACAGACCCACAUUCACUCAGCUGUCAGACUUACUAGAGAAGUUGCCGAAGCUCAAUCGCAGACUCUCACACCCCGGGCACUUCUGGAAGUCUGAGGAGUAUGUAUCCUAGUCUGGAAAGCUAGCAUGCUGUGGAUCCCCCUUUUUUUGGGGUGUAGUUUAGGGAGCAUGAAAACUAACUGAUCGUUUGGAGCCGACCUGUGUAUUGUUUUUUGUCUCUAUUCUGAGCCUACUUAAUUUUACACCAUUGGAUUUUUAGUGUAACGAGAGUCAGAAGGAUGCUGUGCAUGGAUUCAACCAUUAUAUAUUUGGUCAAACCAUCGGAGACCCGCACAUGGCAUGCAGGAAAAAAAUAGUAGGCUAAAUCGUGUGCACGAUUUAC